AUGCCUACCGUUUCGAAUACAUCAUCAACAUCGACCUCACCUCCAACAAGUCACCACCACCACCUUCGCGCUGAUGCAGGUGCGGAUAUAGCCAUAGGAGCUGCAACGUCAACGUUCGAGAUAUCAGAAGAAGACCUGGAUCAUUCCGAGUCGACCAGCUUUGGUACGAGGUUAAAAGAAGUCAUGUCGGAUAAUUCAGCUGUGAUAAAUACCUUCAUAGCCGGAGGCUUGGCAGGUGCGGCGAGUCGAACAGUUGUCAGUCCGCUGGAAAGGUUGAAGAUCAUUCUCCAAGUACAAGCUAGUUCGUCAUCACUUACGAGCUCAGGACAGGCUUAUGGCGGAGUAUGGGAGAGUUUAGGGAGGAUGUGGAAGAACGAAGGAUGGAGGGGUUUUAUGAAGGGUAAUGGGAUAAAUGUCGUUCGGAUACUACCGUACUCGGCUCUCCAAUUCACUUCAUAUGGUGCGUUCAAAAGCAUACUAGGUACAUGGUCGGGCGAAACUACCUUGUCAACGCCAUUGCGGUUGACCGCAGGAGCUGGCGCGGGUAUAUUAGCUGUUGCCGCGACAUACCCUUUGGAUCUCGUUCGAGCCAGACUAUCAGUGGCUACUUCUGGAAUGGCAAUCAAAUCGGUUUCCGGGGGAUUUUCAGCUGAAGACGCAAAGUUGGGCAUGGUGGGAAUGACCAAGAAGGUGUAUCAUACAGAAGGGGGAGUGAGGGGCUUAUAUCGCGGAUGCUGGGCUACAGCUGUGGGAGUUGCUCCUUACGUGUCGUUGAACUUCUACAUAUACGAAUCUCUCAAAACAUCAAUACUCCCUUCCUCCUUAUCGUCGUCAAUAUCAGAACCAGAAUUGAUCCUUCGUAAACUCUCUUGUGGAGCGUUAGCUGGAGCGACAUCGUUGAUAUUCACCCACCCAUUUGAUGUCAUAAGGAGAAAGUUACAGGUAGCUGGAAUGGCAAGCAUGUCACCACAGUAUAACGGUGCGAUAGAUGCUAUCAAGUGGAUUAUAAAGACGGAAGGGUUUUGGAAGGGCAUGUAUCGGGGAUUAGUACCCAAUCUCAUCAAAGUAACACCAUCUAUAGCUGUAUCAUUCUACACAUUCGAAACUGUCAGAGAUUUAUUGGCUGCCAUGGGAGAAGAUGAUGAAGAAGAGGAAAAAAUUGUAUGA